GCCUCAAAUGCCUCUCUGAACUUCGGCACCACAUGACCAAGGCCCCCCUAAAUAAAUGUCCUGUCUACUCUCCUUUUAUAAUCAUGCUCCUAAAACCACUUCGCUGACGUGGAGUCGUGGCUGACCUUGACUAUUUGACCUGUCCUGCUUGUUGUAAGUCUUCCUGGCUAUGAUUGUGACAUCUCACAAGACAGGAGUACCACGUUCUGCUGCAGUCCCAGAGUCAUCGAAGGUGUACAGUUCCUUCGUCCAACUGGGAGCCACAAUUCGUCAUGGAUUUUCUUUUAUUAUUAUUAUUAUUUCUUUAUUUUCAGGAAGAAAAGAGCUAAUUGGGGGGAGAGCAUACUGUGGGCCCACAUGAGAUGGCGGCGCGUGGAGACAGAGAGGAAGGAAGAAGAGAAAAAGAGGCGGCAUGGAUUUUCUUACAGAGAAAAAGUAAAGUUCUUCAGACAAGGCCAGGGAGAGUGAAGCUGCGAGUGGAGUGUGGCCGUACAAUCGGAAGACAGAUGGACAGUGUGACAGCGUCGGAGAGGAUCGGGCCUGGCCCUGAGAGUCGCCCUGUAGGCCGUGCGUUGACAGGUUGCUGAGAAGAAGUGGAGCCUCGUCUUCACACCCACCAUUGAUGGAGGACAGAUGGACAGCGGGUGGCCAUCUCCUCUUAAGCCUUUGUCUUCUGCCGGACACCUAUUAGGGAUUUUAGCGCAUUCUCUGACUUUGCUUUCCAUCAAAACGUAAAUUUGGACCGCAGCACAUCAGACUUCCCUGUUGCAGGGUAACAUCUGUAAACAUGAGUGCCGAGGGGUACCAGUACCGCGCACUGUAUGACUACAAGAAGGAGAGAGAAGAAGACAUUGAUCUGCACCUGGGUGAUGUACUGACUGUGAAUAAAGGGACCUUGGUGGCCCUUGGGUUCAGUGACGGACAGGAAGCCCGGCCUGAAGAAAUUGGCUGGUUAAAUGGCUAUAAUGAAACUACUGGGGAGAGGGGAGACUUCCCAGGAACUUACGUUGAAUAUAUCGGGAGGAAAAGAAUCUCGCCUCCCACUCCAAAGCCCCGGCCGCCUCGACCCCUUCCUGUUGCACCUGGUUCUUCAAAAUCCGAAGCGGACAGUGAGCAACAAGCUCUGACUCUUCCAGAUCUGGCAGAGCAGUUUGCUCCUCCAGACGUUGCCCCGCCUCUCCUUAUCAGACUCCUGGAGGCCAUCGAAAAGAAAGGUCUGGAAAGUUCAACUCUAUACCGAACACCGAGCUCCAGCAACCCUUCAGAAUUACGACAGCUUCUUGAUUGUGAUGCUGCCCCCACGGACUUGGACAUGAUCGAUGUGCAAGUCUUAGCAGAUGCUUUCAAGCGAUAUCUCCUGGACUUACCAAAUCCUGUCGUUCCAGUAGCCGUUUACAGUGAAAUGAUUUCCUUAGCCCAAGAAGUACAAAGCUCCGAAGACUGCAUCCAGCUGUUGAAGAAGCUCAUUAGGUCGUCUAGCAUACCUCAUCAGUAUUGGCUAACGCUUCAGUAUUUGCUGAAACAUUUCUUCAAGCUCUCCCAAAACGCCAGCAAGAAUCUCCUGAGUGCAAGAGUGCUUUCUGAAAUCUUCAGCCCUCUGCUUUUCAGGUUCCCUGCAGCUAGCUCUGAUAAUACUGAAAACCUCAUAAAAGUCCUAGAAAUUUUAAUCUCCACUGAGUGGAAUGAGCGACAGCCAGCACCAGCACUGCCCCCCAAGCCCCCCAAGCCCACGCCUGUAGCCAACAACGGUAUGAACAGCAACAUGGCCUUACAAGAUGCUGAAUGGUACUGGGGCGAUAUCUCGAGGGAAGAAGUGAAUGAAAAACUUCGGGAUACAGCAGAUGGGACCUUUUUGGUACGAGAUGCAUCUACUAAAAUGCAUGGGGAUUAUACUCUGACACUAAGGAAAGGAGGAAAUAACAAAUUAAUCAAAAUAUUUCACCGAGAUGGAAAAUACGGCUUCUCUGAUCCAUUAACCUUCAACUCUGUGGUCGAAUUAAUAAACCACUACCGGAAUGAAUCUCUAGCUCAGUACAACCCCAAACUGGAUGUGAAAUUACUUUAUCCCGUUUCCAAGUACCAGCAGGAUCAAGUUGUCAAAGAAGAUAAUAUUGAAGCUGUAGGAAAAAAGUUGCAUGAAUAUAACACUCAAUUUCAAGAAAAAAGUCGGGAAUAUGAUAGAUUAUAUGAAGAAUAUACUCGUACUUCCCAGGAGAUCCAAAUGAAGAGAACAGCUAUUGAAGCGUUUAAUGAGACCAUAAAAAUAUUUGAAGAACAGUGUCAAACCCAGGAGCGGUACAGCAAAGAGUACAUCGAAAAGUUCAAACGUGAGGGCAACGAGAAGGAGAUCCAGCGGAUUAUGCAUAACUACGACAAGCUCAAGUCUCGCAUCAGUGAGAUCAUCGACAGUCGGCGGCGGCUGGAGGAAGACCUGAAGAAGCAGGCGGCGGAGUACCGGGAGAUCGACAAGCGCAUGAACAGCAUUAAGCCCGACCUCAUUCAGCUGAGGAAGACCAGGGACCAGUACUUGAUGUGGUUGACGCAGAAAGGAGUUCGGCAGAAGAAGCUGAAUGAAUGGCUGGGCAGCGAGAACACGGAAGACCAGUACUCCCUGGUGGAGGACGACGAGGAUCUGCCCCACCACGACGAGAAGACCUGGAACGUGGGCAGCAGCAACCGGAACAAGGCGGAGAACCUGCUGCGGGGCAAGCGGGACGGCACCUUCCUCGUGCGCGAGAGCAGCAAGCAGGGCUGCUACGCCUGCUCCGUGGUGGUGGACGGCGAGGUCAAGCACUGCGUGAUCAACAAGACGGCCACGGGCUACGGCUUCGCGGAGCCCUACAACCUGUACGGCUCCCUGAAGGACCUGGUGCUCCACUACCAGCACACCUCCCUGGUGCAGCACAACGACUCGCUCAACGUCACCCUGGCCUACCCGGUGUACGCGCAGCAGAGGCGAUGAGCCGCCGCCCGCCCGCCCGCGCCCGCAC